AUGGGUACAACUACCGCCGACGCUGACACCGACACCGCCGCGGUGAGAGGAGAUUCCGAGUCUGCCGCCCUCCUCCUGAGCCCCAACCAAGUGAAGAUCCCCAGGGACACGUUCCACCUAGCCUACAUUAUAUACUUCACGCUCGGCGCAGGCUAUCUCCUGCCGUGGAAUGCAUUCAUCACCGCCGUCGAUUACUUCUCCUUCCUAUACCCGGACGCGUCCGUGGAUCGCGUGUUCGCCGUGGUUUAUGUAGAAACUGAGAAACUAAACAUCACACACAAAAAUACCAAAUCAGCAAGGGCAAGAAGAAAUUUGACAGUGGUUAGCUUAGCAACGGGUGAGAAAGUGUCAAGGAAAUCCACACCUUCAAGUUGUGUGAAACCUUUUGCAACCAAACGAGCUUUGAACCUUUCAAUGGAAGCAUCAGCUUUGAAUUUGACUUUAUACACCCAUUUGCAGUCAAUAGGUAUUUUUCCUGGAGGUAGAGGCAUGAUCUUCCAAGUAUUUGUCUUUUCUAAGGCAGACAACUCCUCUUGCAUAGCUUGCUGCCACUCAGGAGAGGAUGAGGCUUGUGAAUAUGAUUUUGGUUCAAAGACAGCAGUCAUGAGGACUAUGUAUUUCAUGUGUGGAGGAGACAAUUUGGAUAGAGAAAAGAAAGCAGAUAUGGGGUAUGGUGUUGAAGAGGAGACAGAGUUGCACAGAAAUGGUGUGGAAAAACUGAGUCAGUAUGGUUUUGACAUCAGAUUUGUGUUGCAUGAGAAAGUGUUGAUCGUCAUCGCUUUCGCCCACAGAUCGAACGCCUUCGUGAGGAUCAAUGCGGGCUACGCGCUGUUCCUGCUGUCGCUGGUAGUGGUGCCGCUGAUGGACGUGUGGUAUGUCCAGGGGCGCGUCGGCGUUUACGGCGCAUACUAUGUGACUGUGGGAGUGAUGGGGCUGUGCGGAGUGGCGGACGGCCUUGUGCAGGGGGGUGUCGUGGGGAAUGCCGGGGAGCUGCCGGAGAGAUAUAUGCAGGCUGUGGUGGCUGGAACUGCAGCUUCUGGAGUCCUUGUGUCAUUAUUAAGGGUUUUAACCAAGGCUAUAUAUCCUCAAGAUGCCAGUGGACUGAGAAAAAGCGCCAACCUUUACUUCAUCUUCAGCAUUGUUGUGAUGAUAUUAAACAUAAUUUUCUAUAAUGUAGCACAUAAGCUUCCAGUCAUAAAAUAUUACAACGAUCUGAAAAAGGUUGCAGCAAAUGAGGAGAAGGAACAGAAAGGGGAACCUACUGGAAAGCUAUGGAGGUCGACAUUGUGGGAGAUUGUUGGGACCGUGAAAUGGUAUGGGUAUGGAAUCAUGGUCAUAUAUGUUGUGACAUUGUGUAUUUUUCCCGGUUCUAUUACAGAAGAUGUACACUCUGACAUUCUGAAGGACUGGUUCCCAAUUGUUCUUAUUGCUUGUUACAACGUCUUUGAUCUGGUUGGUAAAACUCUGACUCCUCUGUAUCUCAUGGAUAAUGCCAAAGCUGCUAUUGGUGUCACUUUCGCAAGGCUAUUGUUUCUGCCUCUCUUCUAUGGUUGCUUGCACGGCCCUGAUAUUUUGAGAUCAGAAAUUCCAGUCAUGAUCCUCACCUGUCUUCUUGGUCUCACAAAUGGCUACUUUACCUGCGUCCUGAUGAUAUUGGCACCCAAAACUGUCCGGUUACAGCAUGCUGAGAUGGCAGGGAUCGUGCUGGUGUUGUACUUGAUUGUUGGUCUGGCAAUUGGUUCUAUCCUAUCCUGGUUUUGGGUCUUAUGAGUGACCGGCUUAUCUGGAGUUGUCUGGAUGCCUCCAACUCCAAGCCCCGGCCUCGCCCUACAUUGGUAACAGCCAGUUCUCUCUUA